AUGGCCGCGAGAGUGCUCCUGCAGCGGCGCUCCUUUGCACCGCUGGCCGCAGCCGCCCUGGGCGGAAUUGCUUUUUCGCCGGCGGUGGUCUUUGCUGAGGCUCCCAAGAGAAAGCCAAUCUACGAUGAAGUCGAGUUCCACUCUCCGCUGCCCGUAGCACCCUCACCACCGGCCGUUCUCCCCAGCCAGCCCAUCAACGACAAUGCCGACGAAGAGCCAGCGUCCCGAGUCCCUACUCCCACCGACCGACUGGCCGUCCAGAUUGGACGCGCGCGCCUGUUCCUCUACGACGUUGCCGUGGCCGCCGAGAACAAGGUCAACCAGACCAUGGAUUCGGCCUUUGACCUGGAGCAGUCCUUCACCCGCACAAUCGCCUCCCUGGCGCCCCCGCGAGAGAGCGGCGAGAAGCUCAUGCCUGGCGGAAUCUACGUCCUGGUCGCUGCUAUGGCUGGCAGCAUCCUGACCAGGAACCGAAGCAUCGUGCUGCGCGCCACACUCCCCUUCGCCCUCGGCGUCGGUGCUAGCUGGACGGUACUCCCCAUUACUAUGCGCAACGUGUCCGACCUGGCGUGGAAGUACGAGCAAAAGUUCCCCGCCGUGGCCGAUUCUCACAUCAAGCUGCGCGAGGGUAUCCAGAGGGGAAUUCAUUUUGCAAAGGUCCACAGGGAAGUGGGUGUACAGUACGUUGACGACAAGGUCACCAACGUCCGUGAGGCGGUUGAGAAUUGGGUUGCGCAGGGAAAGUAA